AUGUCGUCAAAUGAGGGAAGAUCCAAAAACCAGGACAGGCACUAUGAUAAGGUCCCAGGAGACUUGCCCUAUCAAGAUGGCACCAUAAGAACCCUCCAGACUCUUCAGGACAGUGAGCUGGCCGUGAGCGCUGAUCCUUUGCCACCACCCCCUCUCCCAUUACAGCCACCAUUCGGCCCAGACUUCUACUCAAGUGACACAGAGGAACCAGCCAUAGCGCCAGAUCUCAAACCUGUAAGGCGCUUUGUCCCUGACUCCUGGAAGAACUUCUUCAGAGGGAAAAAAAAGGACCCAGAAUGGGAUAAGCCAGUUUCUGACAUCAGAUACAUCUCCGAUGGAGUGGAGUGUUCACCUCCAGCCUCUCCAGCAAACCACCGUUCACCUCCCGACUCCUGCAAGGAUCCUUACGGAGGGUCAGAAGGAACCUUUAGUUCCCAAAAAGAGGCUGAUGCAAUGCUUCCCCAGGAUCCCUAUGGGUCUCUAGGCCGGCACACACAAACUGCUCGAACAUACAGUGAGAAGGUGGAGGAGUAUAACCUGAGGUAUUCCUACAUGAAGUCAUGGCCAGGACUGCUGAGAAUUCUGGGCGUGGUGGAGCUGCUUUUGGGGGCUGGCGUCUUCGCUUGUGUCACAGCUUACAUUCACAAGGACAAUGAGUGGUAUAACUUGUUUGGAUACUCACAGCCCUACAGCAUGGGAGGCAGCCUGGGCAGUAUGUAUGGGGGCUAUUACUACAGUGGCCCCAAGACUCCUUUUGUACUUGUGGUCGCUGGAUUAGCUUGGAUCACCACCAUUAUUAUUCUGGUUCUUGGCAUGUCCAUGUAUUACCGGACUAUUCUUUUGGAUUCUAACUGGUGGCCCCUAACUGAAUUUGGAAUUAAUGUCUCCUUGUUUAUUUUGUAUAUGGCUGCAGCCAUAGUGUAUGUGAAUGAUACCAACCGAGGUGGACUCUGCUACUAUCCAUUAUUUAAUACGCCAGUGAAUGCAGUGUUCUGCCGGGUAGAAGGAGGACAGAUAGCAGCAAUGAUCUUCCUGUUUGUCACCAUGAUAGUUUAUCUCAUUAGUGCUUUGGUUUGCCUAAAGUUAUGGAGGCAUGAGGCAGCUCGGAGACACAGGGAAUUUCUGGAACAACAGGAGAUAAGUGAGCCAUCAUUGCCAUCGAAAAGGAAAAUGUGUGAAAUGGCCACUGGUGGUGACAGACAAAGAGACUCAGAAGUUAAUUUCAAAGAAUUGAGAACAAUAAAAAUGAAACCUGAACUACUGAGUGGACACAUCCCCCCAGGCCACAUUCCUAAACCUAUCGUGAUGCCUGACUAUGUGGCAAAAUACCCUGCGAUUCAGACGGAUGAUGAACGAGAACGCUAUAAAGCUGUGUUCCAAGACCAGUUUUCAGAGUACAAAGAGCUGUCUGCAGAAGUUCAAGCCGUCUUGAGGAAGUUUGAUGAGCUGGAUGCUGUGAUGAGCAGAUUGCCAUGUCGUUCGGAAAACCGACAGGAACAUGAGAGAAUUUCAAGAAUCCAUGAAGAGUUUAAGAAAAAAAAGAAUGAUCCUACAUUUCUGGAAAAAAAAGAACGCUGUGAUUACUUAAAGAAUAAACUUUCUCACAUAAAGCAAAGAAUUCAAGAAUAUGAUAAAGUAAUGAAUUGGGAUGUACAAGAUUAUUCUUAA